AUGAACGGUGCUGAGCGCCGCAACCAUCCCGGCCAUCUCGGUGCCAUGCCUGCACGCUCGCCCCUCUCCCGCUCUCCUUCACCCACCAAGAAAGCCCAUGCUUCUUCCUCCGACACCCAACAAUCGCCCGCCAGCCGAUCAACGCUGGCGCAGAGGACCAAUCAACAUCCUCACUUUGACACGUCCAACUUCUUUACCAAACCCGACUCAUUCAGCGCUUUCGGUGCUACGCCUAACUACGAGCUUCCUCCAGAUGGGCUCUUUGCCGCCACGCAGAACCAACCCUCUUCGUCUUCCUAUUGGCUCUCCGAGAAUCGUCCUCAGUCCGUGCCUCCAAGGAUAGCGGCCGAAAGUAGUAGUAGUAACAGCAGCAGCAACGCCCGCUCUGCCAAUCCAAGGCGAGCAGUGCCCCUCAUCGACACCAGCGGGCGUCCUCAUUCACGGAGGCAGAGUCUCAUGGAAGAAGCGGAAAAGCGUCCUACCAGCCCUCACAUCACCUCGGCCGUCGCCACCAGCGCUCGCCAUCAUUACCCUUUUUCCUCACAGCACACGUCCCAAUCGCGCUCCGGCUCCUUCCAUGAGCAUGACUCGCAGUCGGCACGACGAUCCAGAAGCCCGGCCGUGCAGCGCGUCGCUUCGCCUUCCUUACUCAAUUCGGGUAUCGGUCGCGCCGCUGUCUCCGCUGCCCAAUCUAUCAUGGAUGCCAUGGCAGGACGCUCUUCUCCUGUCAUUGUGCGCUCCAAACAUCCAUCUCGAGACGACUGUGACAGCCUCAGCGACGACGAAGCUGGGAAAGGUCACGGACGCAGGGCGGCUGCCUCGGUUGCUGCCCGUUUCACGCCUUCCACUCAUCAUCCUCGUCAUCAUCAGCACGCACAGCCGCAUGCUCAUUUCAACGAAAAGCCGUCUCCUGUUUCACCCUACGAUCAGGUUCACCCGCCACACGCCAUGAGCGCCGACGUUUCCUGGCCAGCCAGCAUUUCUGAAUCGCGCAGAGCUACACCUGCUGCCUAUCGACCGCGCCCAGCUUCGGUCAACCGACGACGAGGCAGCACCCACAUCGACCAGCAGCCCACUGCUGCUGCGGACGACAGCACCGACAUGCACUUGCCCAACGGCCACAAGAGCACACAUUCGUCCAUCUUGAUUGGAUCGCCCAUCGUCAUCCCGCAAGCGCGCAGAGGUGCGGUCAGGUUACGCCCAAGACGCAAACGCAAAGUUGCGCGCCAGAUCAAGCCGCAGCGCACUCUGCGACAGAGCCUACUCGUGUUUCUAGCCACGCUAGUUCACUUUGUGCGUCUGCUCGCAUCACCAGCAGAGGCCUACCGACGAUUUAGGGAGUACUGCAUCGACACCCGCAUUGCCAUUGACGACUCGUUCAGAGACCCACAGACUGGCAUGCGCAGCUACUAUCCUCCUUGGCUGCAGGCUUACGUGCCGCUGCUCAUCUGGCUCGGUAUCAGUCUGAGCAGCACAGCGCUCGUCAUCACGUUCCACACCCAGGUUUUUAUCGGACUCGACCACAUGUCGGCUUAUCUGCAAGGCCUGGGUCUGUGGGGCAAAGUGAUGCUGGGCUCGCUCAUCUUUCUCACCACGUUUCCGCCCUUGCCUCUGUAUUCGACGCUCAUCAUGCUUUGCGGCUUCACCUUUGGGCUCUGGCAGGGCUUCAUUAUCAGCUACAUCGCGGCGCUUUCGGGUGCAAUCGUGGUGUUCACGCUCAGUCGAUCAUUGUUGCGAGAGUGGAUGGUGGGGCUGCUCAACAAGAGCGGAGGUCUCAAAAAGGUGGUACGCGCCAUCGAGAAGCAGCCCAAGCUACUGUUUUUGGUUCGACUGGCUCCGUACCCGUACAACUUGAUGAAUACGUUGCUGGCGAGUUCACCUACGCUAACGCUACGGACGUACGUGACAUGCACUGCGCUCGCAUUGCCCAAGUUGCUCAUCCACACGGGCCUGGGCACCUCGAUCAAGAACUUUGCAGCGUACAACGGCGCAGGGGAAGGGCAGAGUAAAGAGGAUGCCGAGGCUUCCGAGACGGCGGAGCAUGUGAAAAAGUGGGCUGGACUGGUAGGCGCUCUACUGUGCUUUGGAAUUAUGAUCUAUCUGUUGUCUGUAGCGAGACGUGCGGUGGACGAGCUGGAUGAUGACGAGGGUUUGGAUGGCUACGACGAUAGCGUACUCUAUGACGACGAGGGCGAAGAAUUGCUCUACUCCGACGAGGACGAAGACGACCAGGACGAUGAUGGCCACGACGCAGCGGAGGCGCGCGACCACGGUGCGGGUGUCGAUAUGCGCGAACGAGCCGGCCCAUCCACAGUGGGCUUCCGCAACGGAUACGCACCCAUCACGUCGUCGCCCGAAGAACGUUUUCGCCAAAGUAUGCGUCACCCGCAAGUAGUCGCAGCAGGUCCGCUCGUGAUUCCUGGCUUCAGCUACGAACACGCAUCCGGCUCCGGCUCCGGCUCCUUUGACGGAAGAAUUUCGCUGAGCAACAGUGGAUCGGCGGGCAACCACUCGAUGGAUCUGGCCGACAAGAUCGCUGAGAUGGAAGCGCAUGCCGAGAGCAUGCAGUUCGAAUCGCCGUUGCAUGCAGGUGCUGAGGAAGGGGAGCAAGAGCUUGGGACUUCGGCGGUGGUGGGGGCAGCAGCAAGUUCUUCAUGGUCGCCCAUGGCGGCGGCGCUUCAGGAGAGCGUGGAUACACACGAUACUGUGAUGAAUAAGGGCGAGCGUUUUGACCUGGAUGAAGGGUCGAAUGGACAUCACCAUUAG